AUGGAUAUCACUUGCCCUAUAUGUUUUGAUCAGUACAAUGACAAGGACAAGAUCCCUAGGAUCCUGCAGUGCGGGCAUACCUUCUGCCAGAACUGCCUCAUGGACUUAAGAACCUCAAACAUACUGACUUGCCCUACUUGCCGCAAAUACUUCGCGCCUGAUGUCAAAUAACUUAUUAAAAACUUUACCAUUCUAGAUUAUAUGUACUAGCAUAAGGACUAGCUGGACCAGAACUUUACAGCAGAAGACAACCAAUCUGAGAAAUACUGUCUUAAGCAUCCUUAGAAAAAGACUAAGUACUUUUGCGACAAUGAUCAGAUUAAUGUGUGCUCGAAGUGCAUCGUUUCUGACCACUAGAGCCAUAGAAUUAGUGAGAAGAAUGAGUAGCAGGUGCUUCACAACUUCACCAAGAAGUCCCAGAUACUUAUUAAGAAAAUAGAUGCCUCUCAAAGCGAGACCAACAUGUUUGAAGAGGAACUCAAUGAAAUCUCAGACUAGCUCAAGACUACGAAGGAGAACACUCUGUAGGAGCUGGAUGAGAAACUAGAACUACUGAUCGAAAUGCUUAAGAACAGGAAGGAUACUCUGGCGAAGGCAGUGAAGCAUCACUACAAGAAGUAGGAGAUAUUCCUGAUGGAGGCAUAGAAAAAUAUUGAAAGGAGAAAAAACAACCUUGAUAAACUGAAUAAGAAGGUGCAGGGUCUGGUUAAGAAUAGUAAUUAAAGUGAAAGCAAACUAGAGAGACUUGAAGAAGAAUUCGUCACUAUUAACAGAUAGUAUGAUUCACCAUUCCACUAGUUUAAGCAUUGCACUGUUGGACUUAAUCCACAAAUUGUCAAUUAAAUGUUCGAGGGAAUUGGGAAUCUCAAAUACCCAAUUGUCUAGUUUUCCAAUAGAAACACCUACAAGUUCUUCAGCAAUAAGUUCAAGACUUGCUCUAAAAAUUUCUUCUUUGGGGAUUCUAAUAAUUAGGAUCUUAUUUUGCAGUAUGACUUUUACAAGGAUUCAUGGGGCAAAAAAGAGGUCCCAUCAAAUCUCAUACUGCAAUCCUACUCUGUAGCUAUUGGCUUGAAUGACGGUUGCAUUCUUAUCACUGGAGGACUUAAUUCCUCUUUCACUAAUGUGUCUGGAGCAGUAUUCUUAUUUAACACUGAAAAUGAAAGUUGUACUGAGAAGGCAUAGCUGAUAUAAUCAAGAUACACACACUCAUUAGCACAUCAAUCUAACUAUGUUUAUGGUUUGGGUGGUAGGUCAAUUAAUGGAGUUUUAGAUGCUUGUGAAAGAUACUCUAUUAAUCUUAACAGAUGGGAGAAAAUAGCAAAGCUUAACUAAAAGAGAUGCACUUCUCCAGCGAUUGUGUUUGAAGACUCCUACAUCUAUGUGUUUGGGGGAUACGAAGGAAGUGGAAGAAUAGAUUCGAUAGAACAAUACGAUGUGACUAAUGAUCAUUGGACGGUCUUGCCAGUGAAAUUUCCACUUUCUGUGGAAGCUGAAACUGCUACUUUGAUAUCACAGAAUGAAGUUGUGAUCUUAGGUGGACAUGACAACAGUGCUGGGACCAAGGAUGCAAUGAUCCUGAAUCUGGAAACAUUGCAAUUUAUAAAGCUAGCGCCAAUGCCCUAUGCUAGGUUCUUGCAUAGUGCAACUUAUUUCAAUAACCACAUUUAUGUGUUUGGUGGAGUAGAUAACUGUUCUUGCUAGAAAAUGAACUGCAACGACUUUUAGUGGACUCCCAUCACCAGUUACAAAGAUAUCAUUAACUACAAUUUGUAGACAUUCUCAUCAGCAAGUGUUUGA